UCACGAGAUAGAGCAUAGAGCAUGAACUGCCCAGGUUAUAUAUGGGCAAGAACAGAGGUGAAAAUUUUAGCAAUGGAUGAGAAUGUCAUUCUUAGAUCAGCCCUUGAUAAAAAUCUGAAGAGUGCCGUGACCACUGCUUUCCUCAUGCUCCCUGAAAGCUUUUCUGAAGAAGACCUCUUUAUAGAGAUUGCUGGACUCUCCUAUUCAGGCGACUUUCGGAUGGUGGUUGGAGAGGAAAAGUCAAAAGUGUUGAAUAUUGUGAAGCCCAACGUAGCCCACUUCCGUGAGCUCUAUGGCAGCAUAUUGCAGGAGAAUCCCCAAGUGGUAUAUAAAACCCAGCAAGGCAGACUGGAGAUAGAUAAAAGCCCAGAAGGGCAAUUCACUCAGCUAAUGACGUUGCCCAAAACCUUACAGCAACAAAUAAAUCAUAUUAUGGACCCUCCUGGAAAAAACAGAGAUGUGGAAGAAACUUUAUUCCAACUUGCUCAUGAUCCUGACUGUGGAGAUGUGGUGCGACUAGGGCUUUCAGCAAUCGUGAGAACUUCUAGUAUAAGACAGAGCACCAAAGGCAUUUUUACUGCUGGCCCCCAGAGAGCCUGUCCUCGGGUUUCAUCAGGUGCUUGUGAUUGAGUAGAUGGGGAUGCUGGAGGGUCAGCUACCUGAAUGAGGCGCAUUUGUUCCCUCAAUGCAGAAGCGUUUACUGAAUACCUGCUGUGUGCUGGGUACUGUACUCGGUGAUGAGGAUAUAGAGAUGAAUCGGACAAGGUCCCUGUCCUCAAGGAGCUCCCAGUCUAGGCAGAGGAAUGGGCGAGUCAGGUGACAAGUACUAUACAGUGUCAAGGGAGCACAGAUGCUGUGGGACCAACCUGGGAGUCUAGGAAGGUACUUCCUAGAGAAGAAAUCUUAAAUGGGGUUCCGAGUCUACUAGGUGGAAAGUGGUGGGAACAGCAUUCAUUGUAGGCUGGCAGGUGGCAUACUCAGUGACACAGAAGCAGUGAGCUGGGGGUGUUUGCAGUUCCGGCACUGGGAGAGAGAUAGGGGGCCAAGGGUGCCCAACUGUGUGCAGAGUCUUUGUCCUACCUCUUGCGUCCUUUUUUAAAGCACUAAUAAAUUCAAAGGCUGCCAAUAUGCUUGAAACUCAAAAGAUUGACGUAUCCCAGUAACUCAGAUACCACUGGCCUUCAUGUCACUGUUUCAGCAGAUGCCUAAAUCAGUCUUUUCCCCCCAUUGAUCACAAUGACCUUUAAUAACCUUCAGCCCCCUCGUCUCCUAGAUCCCACCCGGCAGCCCAUCACUGCCCUGCUGCCAGGGCCAGUCUCUGGUCACAAUAUCACUGGAACUCUGAGCAUUCCCUUGAUGAGUCUCCACUUUCUCACCCUCUCUUCUUUUCUC